AUGACCUCAAUACCGCGGGUGUACUCCUUGGUGAAUAAUCCAAUUACUUCGCUGUUAGCGUACGAGAUAGCGCAGCUUCCUAGUCAACCUAAAGUUCCACAGGUGGUUCUGCUCUUAAAUGAUAUGAAAAAACUUUCGAGGUUCCUGGAAAACGAUUCAAAAUUGACGAUACAGAAGAAUAAUGAUACCGAUUAUCACCAUUCACAAUUCAUGGCAUCACACCUUCCACCAGUUUAUUCGACAGGUGAAGUUGCGACCAUCCCAAAUGCCAUCUUCUCUGGGCCUCAUGUGAAGGGAUUGGUUCAAUCGAUCCAAAAAUAUAAGAAGUCUCUUAAUGAUCGAUCAAAUGUACUUCUCGUUAAUCCCCCAGUUGGUGUCAUAGAGAAUCUAUACAUGAAUGUGUGGCAGACAAAGGAAUCUCGACCAAACUUGCUGAUAGGAAUUACGGCUAGGAAAGAACGUAGCGUUGCAGUUAGCGUCAAUGAGUUCCAUAUCAACGUUAAAAAGCCCAAACUAACGCUGCGCAUCAGCCCAGUCCCUAAGGAUUUAUUUCAUUACAACGAAGAUCUACAGUCCGAUGAGAUACGAAAUAUGCGUGAACGUAACGAUUUAGUGAAGUUGUUAGAGAGUACCACUGAAAACAAAAGCGGUGUCUUAUCGCUGGAUCUCCUAUUUUAUCCUUAUGGUGAGUUACUUCUGAUACGGCUCGAGAAAUUGAUCAUUGAGAGUUGCAUUGAGCCAUUAGCGGCACUUUACGGUUGUCGCUAUAGGCAUGAACUUUUUAAGAUAGAGCACGCAAAGAACUUGAUUAUGGAUAUGAUCAAAGAACAAGUUUGGAUUUUGAGGUGCGCAUACCCUUUCCUAGCGAACAUACCAAAUGUUAAGACGGCGCUGGAUUACGAUAGGCUGUAUAGUGUUGUUCUGCGAGAGUUAGAACAAGGUGGCAACAAAUUCACUAGAAUGCUGUACGAGAUAGAUCAAUUGCAAGGAACAAACAUCAGCGAGUUGACCGGCUUUUUCAUGCGGAUUGCCAAUUACAGAAAGAUUGACUGUAAGCUGAAUAACACUAUAACCAACCUGGUCAUGGGUAAGGCUGCGUUGGCCCGGCAGAAAACUUUCGAUUAUAAAUACUUGUAG